AUGAUUUGCGCCGUCGCUGGCAUGACCGCCGAUGCCAACAUUCUUAUCAACUACGCCCGACAAGCCGCUCAGCGAUACCUCCUCACUUAUAACGAAGACAUUCCUUGCGAACAGCUUGUGCGUCGACUUUGCGAUCUUAAGCAGGGAUACACCCAACACGGUGGCCUACGACCCUUCGGUGUGUCUUUCAUCUACGCCGGUUGGGAUCCUCGUAGACAAUUCCAGCUCUAUCUCAGCAACCCCUCUGGCAACUAUGGUGGCUGGAAGGCUACAAGUGCGGGUGCCAACAACGCAAGCGCACAGAGUCUCCUCAAGCAGGAUUACAAGGAAGACUGCACUCUGAAGGAAGCUUGCGGCAUGGCGGUCAAGGUUCUCAGCAAGACGAUGGAUUCUACCAAGCUGAGCAGCGAGAAGAUUGAAUUCGCGACAGUAGGACAGACCGAGGACGGCAAGAUUUACCACCGCCUGUGGAGUGCCGAUGAGAUUACGGCGUUGUUGAAGGAGCAUGACCUGGCAAAGAACGAGGAGACAGAGGAAAAGUAA